AUGACUUCUACAAUUAAAUACGUAAAGGGAAACAUUUUGAAUUCAGCUAAUAACAGUAAUAAAAGGAUAUUAAUCCAUUCAUGUAAUUGUAAUGGUUCUUGGGGUGGUGGUCUAGCUUAUCAGUUAGCAUUGAAUUACCCUAAAAGUGAAAUAGAAUAUAUUGAAAUAUGUGAUUUAUUCGGUAAGGCGCAGGAAAAUAAUCCAUUGUUAGGUAAAUUCGCGAUAAUACCAAGUUUUACUGAUCCAAAUUUAUUAAUUGGUUGUUUAUUCAAUUCUACUCUUGGAGGCCUCCAUCAUGGAUCAAAAGAAAGUAUAUUAUUAAACACCGAGGUAGCAUUGAAUAAAUUAUUAGCGUUUGUUUUUAAUGAUACCGAUACUGAGGAAUUAGAUAGUGUGGAUUUGAAAUUGAAUAAUUUUAUGGUAGAGUGUUAUGGCUUACAACCAUCUUCCACAGAGUCAUCCUCAAAAUAUGACUUAUCUCAAUUUCAGUUAGAAAUGCCUAAGAUCAACAGUGGCAUUUUUGGUGUUCCCUGGGAGGAAACAGAAUUGAUUCUGGAAAAACUAAAGUAUAAUGUUGAAUUCACAGUUUAUGAACUAUAA